AUGGCGUCGCGGCUUACUACCUUGCAUUCGCUGCAUCGAGAGGUGCAAGCGGCGAUACACGACGCAUCGAUCCAUUUACCUGCGAACGGAAGUUCGAGCCUCAAAACCAAUUUUUGCUCCGAAACAUGGCCAAGUUUGAAACCCAAAUAUGAAGAUUUUGUCGAUGGAGUUGUACGCUACCUUAAGGAAGAGCUGCAAACUCGAAAUCUGAAUUGCAUGGUUAUUGGCCGAGCGAAAACUGCCGAGUCGGUCCAGCAAUCACUCGAUCGUCGCGAAAAACACCGCCAGCGUCCCUGUAUAGGCCUUGGAGACAUUCUCGAAACGAUACAUGAUCUAGCCGGAUCUAUGGUUAUCCUACAGCGUCGAAGUGAUGUGCAGAAAGUGAACCAGUUUAUCGCACAAAGCUUUCACGCAAUCCAGCAGCCAACGCAUUGGUCUCGCGAUCGCCAGCCUGGUGUCCAUUGGGAGUCGCUAUUUGGAAGCUACGAAUCAAAUAAUCAUCAUGUCACACUGUAUGGAGAUUCUAACUAUCUUGCUGGUGGUCCUGGUGUUAUUUUCGAAAUCCAAGUCACUACUUGUGGAGAUCAGAUGUACAACCUCCUUGCACAUGACUGGUAUUAUAAAAAGGCCCAUGGGCCGCUAUCAAGGAAGGACGAGAUAGUCCUGGAUAUGAUACACGCAGCAGCGAUUAUGGUGGAAGUUGGUGCAGAGUAUAUGAAAGAGAGAGAGGAGGAGAAUCGCAACGAGGCCAGGCCCGAAUAUGACGUACUUCAUAUCAUCCAGCUUGCGCAGGGAGCCGAGGAAUGGAGGUUCAAACCUACCAAUCUACCUCCAAUCCUUCGAGCUCUCAAAAAAGAAGGCUAUAACUCUGCUACGAAACUGGAACACUUUGCUAAGAACCUUCGCCCUCUGAAAGAGGAAGACGCCUCUAGCCAUGAUCUUGUAGCUCAGUUACUCGAGAUUAUCUCCCAAAAAUCCAAACGCCACUUUCUCGUCCCAUUUGGACAGAACGAGAGAUUUGUCGGCAGAGAGGAGACGAUCAACUGGCUGCUCGAAAGAAUUCCUCCCGGUACAAGACCGAACGACUGCCAGCGAACCGCCAUUGAAGGCCUAGGAGGAACAGGCAAGACGCAGAUCGCCUUGGAGGCCGCCUACCGCGUUCGCAACACUCAUUCCGACUGCUCCGUCUUCUGGGUCCCAGUGCUAAGCAUAACCUCCUUCGAGAAUGCGUAUCGAGAGAUUGGUGACGCUCUUAAGGUGCCAGGAUUACAAGACAAGAAGGCAGAUAUUAAAAUGUUGGUAAAAUCGGCAUUGAAUAACGAGAGUUCUGGCGAAUGGCUUUUGAUUCUCGACAAUUUGGAUGAUAUCGAGUUAGUAGCCGGCUUAGUCGGCUUCCUUCCUUCGAGCCCAAAAGGCUCUAUUCUGUUUACGACAAGGAAUCAUAUCGUCGCAACUAGCCUGGAUAUCGCACCGGGGCAUGUGGAAAGAGUCGGGGAAAUGAGCCGAGACGAAGCCCUCGAGAUGCUGAAAAGGUAUACAGAGGAAAGCCAGCGGAAAGAUAUCGCCGAUACAUCCAAGCUCCUUGAUUUCCUUGCCGACUUACCCCUGGCUAUUCGACAAGCAUCUGCAUAUAUGUGGAAACACGAUAUCACUACUACGAAAUAUCUCAGUUACUGCCAAUCAAGUGAUGGAAGAACGAUCACCAUGUUGAGUAAAGAUUUCGAAGAUAGGAGCAGAUAUAAACAUACUCGAAACCCAGUAGCCACGACUUGGCUGAUCUCCUUCACCCAUCUUUCGCGAGAUAAACCACUCGCGGCGCGAUAUUUGAGAUCCAUAUGUUUUUUAGCAGAAAAGGACAUUCCAGAGUCUUUGUUGCCGUUUGAAGAAGACGAAAUAGAAAGGGACAAAGCAACCGCGGCCUUGAAAGCGUACGCAUUUAUCACGAAGCGAGAGAAUGCUGCUGCUUUUGAUAUCCAUCGUCUCGUGCGUUUGGCGAUGCGCAACCAUCUAAGAAGAGAAGAAAGGAUAGAAGCAAUUACUAGUGUCGUUCAACAUUUGUCCAAGAUAUACCCGUUUCCUUGGCAUGAGAAUCGAAGCAUAUGGACGAGGUAUAUGCCACAUACACUGACAGUUGCGGCGGUGUGCGAAGAGUCAACAGAUGAGCACGCGACUGGGAUCCUUUUACGUUGCGUCGCAGCAACAUACGAAAUAACCGCCACGUACGAGAAAGCGGAAGAAGUGUAUCGACGGGUACUGCAGCGUUAUGAGGAGAUAAUAGGCCGAGAGCAUCCCCUUGUACUCGUCAUUAUGAAUAACCUGGCUAUUGUGCUAGAAAGGAGAAGGAAAUAUGGCGAAGCGAAGCAAAUGCAUCAGCACGUAUUGGAGUCUCGACAAAAGGUGCUCGGGAAAGACCAUCCUGAUACGCUUAGCAGUAUGAAUAACCUGGCUAAAGUACUGUUUGGACAAGGGAACUAUAGCGAGGUAAAGAUAAUAUAUCAGCAGGUAUUAGACUUGCGAACAAAGGUGCUCGGGAAAGACCAUCCUGAUACGCUUAUCAGUAUAAAUAACCUGGCUGCUACACUGGUUAGACAAGGGAACUAUAGCGUGGCAGAGCAGAUGCAUCAGCAGGCAUUAGACUUGCGAACAAAGGUGCUCGGGAAAGACCAUCCUGAUACGCUUAUCAGUAUGAAUAACCUGGCUGACACAUUGGUUAGACAAGGGAACUAUAGCGUAGCAGAGCAGAUGCAUCAGCAGGUAUUAGACUUGCGAAUAAAGGUGCUCGGGAAAGACUAUCCUGAUACGCUUAUCAGUAUGAAUAACCUGGCCAAAGUACUGGGUGGACAAGGGAAGUACAGCGAGGCAGAGCAGAUGCAUCAGCAGGCAUUAGAGCUUCGUGAGAAGGCGUUAGGCCGAGAGCAUCCUUAUACACUCGACGGUAUGGAAAGCCUGGCCCUUGUGAUAAUGAGACAAGGAAGAUACAGCGAGGCGAAUCAGAUAUAUCGGCAGGCAUUAGAGCUCUAUAUAAAGGUACUAGGUCGAGACCAUCCCGAUACGGUAUCAUGUCACAGCGCUUUUCAAGCCUGUUUGAAAGAAAUACGCAAGAAAGGGAGGCUGGGGGAUCUUACCUAG